AAAAAUACCACAAACUUCCCAACUUGUCUAGCCAUCAUGCCUCCAUCUGAGAUCAACCCACAAGAUUCCAUCCCUCUUGUUUGCUCUACUGAAAUAAACUCUUCUUUGUUCCAAAACAACAUACCAUUCCAGUUCAAUGGAUUCCACUCCACCUUUCCAAAUUCUCACCCCUAUCAUCUUCUCCAUGAGUUCCCUCCACAGUCAUCAUGUCUCAGCACCAACUCAACAUCUGAUGAAGCUGAGGACUACCAACUCAGCAUCAUCGUCGACGAAAGGAAGAAGAGGAGGAUGAUUUCCAACAGGGAAUCUGCUCGAAGGUCACGAAUGCGAAGACAGAAUCACCUUGGUGAGCUUCAAUCACGCGUGAUCUUGCUUUGGACUGAGAAUCAUAAUCUUACUGAAGAGAAUUCGAAACUGAGAGAAGAAGUCUCUGAUCUUCGAAAAAUGAUCACUGAGCUCGGAAUUGGUAGUACUUACAAUGGUGUGUGUGAUCUGGAAGAGUUUAUCUGCAACACAGCUCAUCUCAGAGCUGAAUCUUCAAACCAAUCCAUCAGUACUACUACUACUUCCACUAAUCUGUUGCACUGAAACAGAGUCCAAUUUUCUUUCAUUGUGUUUCUCUAGUUUACUUCUUGUCUCUAGUGGAUGGUUAUCAGUCUUUGAUGGCAUUUGAUUGAGCUGUGGGAGAUCAGAAACAAACUAUGCAUUGACAUCUUAUAACCCAUUUGAGUAAAACUUGCUUUAAACU